GUGAUCGCCACACUGACUUGACCACGGCUGCCUUGCCUGUGUUCGAGGAGGUCAGCCAGCCACGGCGGAGCAUACUGGGAACCUUCCGCCGCGGCGGCGGCGGGUUGCAGGGGCCCAAAAGGUUCCGCCGAGUGAUUCGUCGUAGGAGGCGGCGCCGGCGGCGGUGUAGCCAUGUGGGCCUCAAGCAGAGGUUGGGCUUAAGCAAUUCCUCCGUGCUGGACCCAAAAGGCCCAGUUACCAGCGUGCUGUGGGCUUUUGUUUCUUAUUCUUCUUAAAGCUCCCUCCGGUCAGGCAGGCCUGCACGGUCCGUCCCAAAGGAUAGCAAUUAGCAGCACGCAGCCUUCGAUCGGUGCGAUCUUGCUAGAUAGGUAACUGUGUUUGCUACGUUGGUAAGGGUAACUAUCCAUUAAAAGGCGCUCUACCUUUUUCCUGCUAGUACUAGUAUUGGUAAGCCAUGGCCCCAUUCUGAUGAAACGAAUUAUCAAUUAAACAAAAUUAGCCAAAUUGCCCGUCUAAAAAUCAAAAGAAUUACAAUAUAUGCAUAUAUAGUCCAUGUGAAAUAGGGAAUACAAAUGAUGAAAGCAUUCAGAUAUAUACGUACUCCCCGGUUCUUAAAUACAUACUUACUCGAUUAGUUAAGUAAAGUAAAAUAAGCAACUAAUAGACUCUUUGCAUUGCACAAAUAUACCACAAAGGAACGAGAGAAAAAAUCAACGGCGCCAUAUAUUUAAGAACGAAGGUAGUAGUUACAGUGGGCAAAUGAGAUAAUUAAGAUGAGUUUAGGGAAGAGUCGUAUUGAAAUUAGGCACAACAUCACCACUAAUUCCAGAGUUUUGUAAAGAAUAGUAGAGACGAUAGAGGUAGUAGCUCAAGGAUGUAUUCUCACAAAAUCAAUGCACAUUUGACCACAGAGACAAAAGUGUAACCCCUUAUCCAUUUCCAGCAGGUUCUCAUGUUUGUAAUCAACAAGGAAAAAGGAGCAGACAAAGAUUCAAAAGGUUCUCCACUGUUUUGAAAAGAUGAGUACUCUUACUAUCUUAGUACGACGAGCCUUGGAAUCUGAAGUUCGGCUAGACAUGACGACAUGAGCAACCCUCCAAACUAAAAACGACAUCCCAACCAAUGGCCAAAGCGGACAGUGCUCGCAGCCUCAUGCUUAUAAACGGUCGCGUUUGUUAGUCGUGCGUUGCAACCAAGCACAAAGUUGCAGACUCGCAGUCCCUUCCGGGUGUCACGUAUCUGAUCGGCGAUGCUGAGGGCGGCGGUGCUCAUCGUCUUCCUCCUCUCCGUCGCCCGCAUCGGGCGUUCGCAGAGCUACAACGCGAUCUACAGCUUCGGGGACUCCAUCUCCGACACCGGCAACCUCUGCGCGGGCUCCGGCGGCUGCCCAUCCUGGGACAGCACCGGGAUGCUGCCAUACGGGAGAACCCACUUCGGGCACCCCACCGGCCGGUGCACCGACGGCCGCGUCAUCGUCGACUUCCUAGCCGAGCGCUUCGGCUUGCCGCUGCUCCCGCCGUCCAAGGCCAGCGGCAGCAACUUCAAGAAGGGCGCGAACAUGGCCAUCAUCGGCGCCACCACCAUGGACUUCGAGUUCUUCAGGUCGCGCGGGUUGGGUGGCAGCGUCUGGAACGACGGCUCCCUGGGCACCCAGAUCCAGUGGUUCCAGCAGCUCAUGCCCUCCAUCUGCGGCAGCGAUGCAGACUGCAAGAGCUACUUCAGCAAGUCCCUGUUCGUCGUCGGCGAGUUCGGGGGCAACGACUACAACGCGGCCCUCUUCAACCCCGGCAAGGGCAUGGCCGAGGCCAGAAGCUACGUGCCCCAGGUCGUCGACAGGAUCGCAAGCGGUGUGGAGGCGCUGAUCGGGCUGGGCGCGGCGGAGCUGGUGGUGCCGGGCGUGCUGCCGAUCGGGUGCUUCCCGGUGUACCUGACGCUGCACCCGAGCUCCAACAAGGACGACUACGACGAGACCGGCUGCCUCAGGAGCUUCAACAGCCUGUCCAGCUACCACAACGAGCUGCUGAAGCGGGCGGUGUCUGGCCUCCGGAGCAGGCACGCCGGCGCCAGGAUCAUGUACGCCGACUUCUACGCCCAGGUCGCCGACAUGGUCCGCUCGCCGGAGACCUUCGGGCUGGAGUACGGGCUGAGAGUGUGCUGCGGCGCCGGCGGGCAGGGCAGCUACAACUACAACAACGGCGCGAGGUGCGGCACGGCCGGGGCGAGCGCCUGCGGCGACCCGGAGAAGUACCUGGUCUGGGACGGCGUCCACCUGACCGACGCCGCCUACCGCGCCGUCGCCGGCGGGUGGCUCCGCGGGACCUACUGCAGCCCUGGCAUCCUGCAUUGAGAUGCAGUCAGAGGGGUGUAUGACUGAACAUGGGGAUCAGUGGUCGAUCGGCACGGAUCGUCAUAGUCUGAGUUCAAUGUAACAGGAUACAUGCUGGUUAAGCCACACUCUGCCCUGCGGGCCCCACGCCAACUCUUGAUCCUCACAGCGCUACGCCUUCGACAUUACAAAACGCACACAGCAACUACGCCAUGUUCCCUUCGUUGGGUGCCGAUUUACACGUACGAGAUUAGCUGGGUGGGCCUGAGGCCUUGUGGUCCUACUAUGAUGGGCGGGGUCCGUCGUCGGGACGCUUCUUGGGGCCAAGAUUCCGCUGAGUGGGCCUGAGGCUCAGCACAGGGACCAAUAGGCCCAACUUCUGUGCAUGCUGGCCCGUUCUAUCCGACUGACUCUCUCCACCGCAGUUUGCGCACUUGCGCUCCGUGCGCUGCCAUAUGGCCCGAAGGUCGAAGCAGGGGUGGACUGGUGGCGAUCCGUGUGCGGGAGCAAGCAACGUUGAUGCCGACAACGAAACCCUCGGCUAGCCACAAGAUGGAGGAAAAUAACUCCCGCGGCUGAGAUC